CACUUCAGAGUUUGGUGCAGAGGUUGUCAGGGACAGAUCACUUCGAAGUUAAAAUGCUUGCAGCAUUUGACGUUUUCGAUAAAACCUUCUAUGUGAGUCUCGCUGUCAUUGGUGUCCCAGCUAAUUUCCUGGCAAUGGUGAUCCUGUCCCGGGGAAAGUGUGGCCUCUCCACCAGCACCACUCGAUACCUGAUGGCUAUGGCAACAGCAGACCUACUGGUCGUUAUAACUGAGGUCAUUCUAUAUCAGAUCAAAUAUCAUUAUUUCCCAGUGUCUUUCCUGGACAUCACCCCUGUGUGUAGUUUUAAUGCUGUCCUGCGAACUACUGCAAAAAGCUGUUCUGUCUGGCUCACCAUCACUUUCUCCUUUGAUCGAUUUGUGGCCAUUUGUUGCCAGAAGCUGAGAGCUAAAUAUUGCACUGGGAAAACUGCUGUUGUGGUUCUAGCAACAACUGACAUUCUGUUGUGUUUGAUUAACAUCCCCUUUUACUUUACACAGGAACCUGGAGUGAUAAUUGACAGUGUCCCAUGGGGCUGUAUUACAAACCCAAGCUAUUUUACUGACAUCGGAUGGAUGGGAUUUAAAUGGUUUCAUACGAUUUUCAACCCAUUCCUCCCGUUCUUUUUAAUUCUGUUGUUCAAUGCUCUGACUGUCAGCCACAUUUUAGUGGCCAGUCAAGUCCGUAAGAGACUCAGGGGUCAGAGCAAGGGAGAGAGCCAGAGUGACCCAGAGAUGGAGGGCAGAAGGAAGUCUAUAAUAUUACUCUUUACCAUCUCCGGCAGCUUCAUACUCCUGUGGUUAGUCAACAUUGUAGAAUUUUUAUAUUCCAACAUUACAGGAGCAGCUCACAACGAUCUUCACUACGUAGUAAGACAAGUCGGGUUUAUGCUGGUGAGUUUAAGUUGCUGCACAAACACAUUUAUUUAUGGGGUGACUCAGUCCAAGUUCAGGGAGCAGGUCAAGAACACGAUGAAAUAUCCGCUUACAUCAAUUAUUCGACUCAUGAAGAAAAAACAAUAACUGAGAAUGGCCCAGAGGCGGCUCCCAGGUUUUCCAGUCCACGAAUGGAAUACUUAUCCACAAACUCCCAAUAGUUACAUGGCAAAGGGCAGUGCACCAUCAGGCAAGAGGAGACCGGUGGAGGAGUGGAUGUAAAUGUAGCAGAAGGAGAGUCAGAGUGCUCCCUGCAGGACAUGAAGGAUAACCUACAAUGUCGUAAUUUACAGGAAUCGUCAUGGAAUUAGCCUUAUUCUCCCGAGUCCAGCCCCUCGGCUACCGAGCACUUCAUCUCAAUUUUGCAUUUUUGCUAAUUGCUUCAAAUCAGUUCCCCAUUAUCCCUUUUCGGUUUCUCACUGCUUAAUCUGUAGAGACCCCCUCAUAAUUUUCAAUACAUUUGUCCAUUCUGCACUGAGCCUUCAUUUCUCCUAGGAAGAAUAUUUCUAAACUCUU